AGAGCGAACAGAGUCCUGACUCAAGUAACCAUCGGAGACGAAUUGACCGACCAGCAAAGAGGCAUCGUUGAGGCAAUGAUCAAGAAAUACCACGAGGCGUUCGCGCUUUCGCUCAACAACAUCGAACCGACCGAUCUUGGCGUUCACGACUUUGAAGUAGGCGAAUGCAAUCUACCUCUCAGGUCGAAGCGAGGUCGAUAUUCGGAGCCAGAGCUAGAAGCGUUGUACGCCCACGUGGAUGCGAACCUGAAGGCGGGAAUCAUCAGGCCCAUCGACCACAAUCAGGUCAGAUGUGUCUCG